UUCACUGAUUUUUACUCGACCUUCCUCUUCCUGCGUGGUGUGUGGAAUGUUCGAAAACUCAAUUGCAGCAGAUGAUUAAGAAGAAGGCAAAUAAACGUCCAUCACUUUCUCCACUCGCAUGCUUAAUCUCCUCUCCUCCAGAUACUCCACUCGGCUCCGUCUUCUUAACAAGGCUUCUCUUCUCUCAUGCCGUUACUCUACUCCCUCCUCCUCCUCUUCUCUCCUCGGGAGUGAUUCAGCCAUUCCGAGAAAGCAUGAAUCUUUCUCACUCCCCCAUGGUAUAUUCGAUUCGUGGUCUCUCGGUAGGUCAACCAAGGAGAGAAGCAACGGCGUCACUGCUUCUUCUCCUUCUCUAAAGGACUUGCUUUCUGAUUUGUCCGACGCGGUUCCCGAAACCACCCGCAGGUUCAGAAGAUUCCACGCCUUGAAACCGGAGCACGUGCUCGAACUGCUGCUGGGUUUCGAAUCCGAGCUUGGGAGAGGCGGAAAGGUCCGAGCUUUAUGGGAGGUUUUCAGAUGGGCUAAUGGGCAAUACGAAGGGUUUAAGCAUCACCCUCAGUCUUACGAGAUCAUGGCGACGCUGCUCAUCAGGGAAGGAAUGGUUAAGGAAGCUGAACACUUGCUGUUGGAAAUGGAGAAGGACGGAGACGCGUUGUUGAAUAACGAGGUGGUUUUCUGCGGUUUGAUUCAGAGAUACGUGGACGGUUUCGAUACGAGGAAGGCGGUUAUGCUGUUUGAUUGGAUGAGAGGUAAGGGUUUAGUACCUUCGACAUCGUGUUACCAGGCUUUGGUUGAUCAUCUGGUUAGAGUUUACAGAACGGAACCAGCUUAUAGAGUUUGUUUGGAUUGGAUGGAGGUGGAGGUGGAGGAGUCAAGGGAUGAUGUAUCAUUUAACAUGAAUAUUGAUAGAUUCGGGAGAGUUGUGGAGUUACUCUGCUUGGACCAGAGGGUUCAGGAGGCUAGAGACCUGGCGAGGAAGCUUGUGGGUUUGGGUUGUGACCCAAGCACCUCCUCCAUGUAUAGUAACAUUUGUUUAGGAUACAGCGAGAAGCAGGACUUUGAGGAUCUGUUGAGUUUUCUCGGGGAGGUUAAGUACCGACCUGAUGUGUUUGUUGGGAAUAGGAUUGUGCAUUCUCUCUGCAGGAGGUUUGGCUCAGAGAGAGCUUAUGUAUACAUGGAGGAGCUUCGACGCUUGGGGUUUAAACCUGAUGAGGCUACGUUCGGUAUCUUGAUCGGCUGGUGUUGUCACGAAGGAGAUCUCAAGAGAGCGUUUCUUUACUUAUCUGAGAUUACGUCAAAGGGUUUGAAACCUGAUGUGUAUAGUUACAAUGCCAUCUUGAGUGGGCUUUUUAGAAAAGGGUUGUGGGAACACACGCGUUGUGUUGUGGACGAGAUGAAGGAGAAUGGAGUGUUGCUCGGCUUGUCGACGUUUAAGAUAAUGGUGGCUGGAUACUGCAAAGCUAGACGGUUUGAAGAAGCUAAAAAGAUUGUUAACGAGAUGUUAUCUAAAGUUGAAGAUCCGCUAACGGAAGCGUUUAGUUUAGUGGGGUUUGAUCCUUUAGCUGUUAGAUUGAAAAGGGACAAUGGUUGUGGACUCUCCAAAGCAGAGUUCUUCGAUGAUCUCGGGAAUGGGCUGUACUUAGACACUGAUCUGGAUGCGUACGAGAAGAAGGUGAACAUGGUACUCGACAGGUCUGUUCUACCUGAAUUUAAUUUGCUCAUCUCUGGAGCUUGUGAUGAUGGUGAUUUACACACAGCUUUGAGUCUUCUUGAUGAAAUGCCUCGAUGGGGUCAAAAGCUAUCGCGUCGAGGCUUUACUGUGUUAAUGAAAAGUCUCUGUGCAUCACGUUCCCAUGCCAGAGUAAGUGUUAGCCUAAUGGGGAAAUGGCCGAAGCUGGCUAAUCAGUUAGAUGGAGAAACCCUAAACUUUCUUGUCCGAGAAUAUUGCAAGAAGGGGUUAAGUCGCCAGAGCAAACUCAUUUUCCACAGAAUGGCUCAGAUGCAUCAUCCCGUCGACAACGCGACUUACACGUCUCUGAUAAGCUGUUUCUGCAAGAAAGAAACAGUCAGUGAUGUUCUGAGCGUGUGGGAGGCUGCGGGAAAGGGUAACUGGCUACCUGAUCUGGACAGUUGCGGAGCUCUAUGGGAAUGUCUUGUCCAGAAAGGACUCGUGAAGGAAGCGGUCGAACUCUUCGAGCUCCUCUAUCCUCUAUCACAGUCAAAGGCAUGUAGUGUUUUCGUGGAGAAGCUCACAGCUCUUGGGUUCUCUCGUAUGGCUUACUCUGUUGUGGAAAGACUUGAAGGAGAGAAAGGUUGCGUUGUGGAAGAAGAAGAGGUUUACAACCAUCUCAUCAAGGGACUCUGUAAAGACAGGAACGAUUCGGCUGCAUUUGCUAUACUCGACAGAAUGCUAGACAAGAAACAAGUUCCGAGCUUGGGGAGUUGUUUGAUGUUGAUUCCUCUGCUCUGUUUAGCUAACGAAACAGAGAAGGCGUUUAGUUUAGCAGAGGAGUUAGAUUCAUCUUCACCUGUUGUCUACUCUGCUUUGAUAGAAGGACUCUGCUUAGCUGGGAAGAUGCGUGACGCAGAAAAUCCUUUAUUAUUAUUAUUAUUAUCAAAUGGGGUUUCCUUAGACAACGAUAUCUACGGUUUGAUGUUCCGAGGGUAUUGUAAAGGUGACGACUUGAGGAGAGUUGAGGAAGUGCUAGGAAUCUUGGUGAGGAAGAAAGUGAUCUGUUCUGUGGAGAGUUACAGAGAAUACGUUCGGAGAAUGUGUUCAGAGCGUAAGUUUCUCUCUGCGAUUAGUCUGAAGGAGUUUCUGUUGCUAGGAGAAAGCAGCAAUCCUGGGGGUGGUGUAAUCAUCUACAAUCUGCUGAUCUUCUAUCUGUUUCGAGCUGAGAAUGCUGCGGAGGUUAGUAAAGUUGUGGUCGAAAUGCGAGGGAGAGGAUUGUCGCCUGAUGAAACCACGCUUAACUUUCUUGUUUAUGGAUACUAUUCGUGUGGAGAGUAUUCGAAGUCUCUGGAGUAUCUAUCGUCCAUGAUCUCAGCGGGGAUGAAACCUAACAAUCGAAGCUUAAGAGUGGUUAUCAGUUCUCUGUGUGACAAUGGAGAAGUGAAGAAAGCUCUGGACCUGUGGCGGGUAAUGGAAUCAAAAGGCUGGAGCUUUGGUUCUUCUUCUGUUGUCCAAACCAAGAUCGUUGAAUCCCUGAUUUCGAGAGGUGAUAUGGUAAAAGCUGAAGACUUUCUGACGCGUGCGACACGCGAUGGCGUGGUGGCGGCUCCUUACUACGAUAACCUCAUCAAGAAACUAUCUGGUCGGGGGAAUCUCAAGAUCGCGGUUCAUCUCAUGAACACAAUGUUGAAGAACCGAAAGAUUCCGGAUUCUUCAAGCUAUGAUUCAGUCAUUGACGGGUUGUUGAGAUUCAGCAGCAACCGGAUGGAUGAAGCUAGGGAGUUUCAUACGGAAAUGUUGGAGCUAGGUCUAAGUCCAAGCAUAAGUACAUGGAGUGGUCUUGUUCGUAAGUACUGCGAAGCAUGUCAAGUGUUGGAAUCAGAAGGACUUAUCAAGUCAAUGGUUGAGUUAGGUGAAACAGUACCGAGUCGAGAGAUGUUUAAGAUUGUGAUUGUUGGGUUUAGAGCUGAGAACAACACGGUGAAAGCUUCGGAGAUGAUGGAGAUGAUGCAGAAGUGUGGCUAUGAAGUUGAUUUUGAGACUCAUUGGUCUUUGAUAAGUAACAUGAGUUCUUGUAAGGAGAAGAAGACACCUGGUCAAGGAUUCUUGUCUAGGCUUCUCUCUGGGAAUGGAUUUGCUUGGAAGCGAUAACUAAUUUCUUAUUAAUCACUAAGAGAUGAUGUUACCUUCUUCAUAUCUGAGUAUUUGUACUAUAUAUAUAUCUAUAUAUGACAGUUUUGGUUAAGAGACUU